CAACACCCCUUGUCAGGUGCCAGGGAGCCUUGGAUGAUGUCGGUGGGUGGUGCAGCAUCUGGUUGCGUGGAGAUGGGGCGAUGGGAUCCACAGGGAGCAUUCUGGCUGCCUGGGGUGGGUGGCACAGGUACAGGACCGAUGGGGCAAUCCCAGACUGUUUUCUAGCUCCAUCGAGCCUCUCUGGACCAGCUGCCAUGGGCUGUGUGCACCCAGCUCCCUGCACCCAGCACGGGGUUCUGGGCAGCCCUUGAGGGGGGCAGUGGGUCUCUUUAAGAGGGUGCAGGGAUGGGGAGGUGAGCCAGGGCCACCAGAAAGCAGGAGGGUGAGCUCAUGGCAAAGCUGCCCCAGUCAUGUCGAGCAGCCACAGCUGACGGUGCCCUUGGGCUGCGGGACGGAGGGGCCGGCAGCAUAAAGCCCUGCGGUCAGCGGAGCUGCCGGCAGUACCAGGAGCCAGGGCUGGGCAAGGAAGAGAGGCUGCAUCCUGCACAGGGCUGUGCACAGUGGGCAGACAUGGAGCUGGAUGUGCAACGGGCCAAGGAUCUCAUUGAGCAGAAGCUGGCAGAGGAGGAGGAGGAGGAGAAGCGACUCAAAGAUGAUGGCACACGGGAGCCACCAGCUGUGGAGCGGAUGAGCACACCUGACCUAGAGGAGGAGAAACGCCGUGGCCCCAGGAACUGGGGCCUUGAGGCUGUCAAGGGCCAGGAGCGGGUGCGGAAGAGCUCAGUCGACCUGCGGCGAGAGAUCAUUGAUGUGGGGAGCAUCCAGCGCCUCAUUGAGCUACGCAAGCAGCGCCGGCAGCGCCGGGAGGAGCGGGCAGCCACCCCUGAGCCCCCCCCACCGCCUGAGCCCCUGGAGAUUGAGGGUCCUGUGGAGCCGGAGACCUUCCUGCGAGCUGCUGUCCAGGGCAAGAUGCGCGUCAUCGAAAAGUUUCUGGCAGAUGGUGGCUCCCCUGACACAUGUGAUGAGUUCCACCGCACAGCUCUGCACCGCUCCUCACUGGAAGGACACACAGACAUCCUGCAGAAGCUGCUGGACAGCGGGGCCACUGUCAACUUCAGGGAUCGGCUGGACUGCACUGCUGUGCACUGGGCCUGCCGGGGUGGGCACCUGGACGCUGUCAAACUGCUGCAGGACCGUGGGGCAGACCUCAACAUGAAGGACAAGCUGCUCAGCACCCCCCUCCACGUGGCCGCCCGGACUGGGCACCUUGACAUUGUGGAGCACCUCAUCCACUGCGGAGUGGACAUCAACUCCCCGGACAGGGAAGGUGACACAGCACUGCAUGACGCCACACGGCUCAGCCGUUACAAGAUCAUCAAAAUGCUGAUCCUGUAUGGGGCCGACAUGAUGGCCAAGAACCACGUGAGCAGGGGGAGGUCAGCACCAGGGCCAUUUGCUGCCCCACCAUGUUACACCACCCUGGCCCCAGCCUCUCUCUGCCUGCUCUUGCAGGCUGGCAAGACCCCGACGGACCUGGUGCAGCAGUGGCAGGUGGACACACGCCAGGCGCUGGAGACCAAGGAGCAGCCUCAGGGGGAGAUGGAGGUCCCUGCCUGACAGUGCUGGUCAGGGACCAGGGGACUGGUUUGGUUCCAAGGAGCAGGAUCCAGCCAAUACUUGUCUGUGUCAAUAAAAGCCACCAAAGAGCAGUAUUUGGCCCCGGGGGACUGUGGGGCUGAGCAGCCUGCACUGGGGGUGACGGAGUAAUGAAGAUGGGUGAUCUGGGGAGCUGGGUUAUCUGGCAGCACAGACAUGCCCUGCCUCCUAGCACAGGGACUGGGGUGUUAGUGACACCAUGGGGCCAGGGCUUGAGUGGUUCAAGGGUGGAACUCUUUGCUGCAGGAUGCCCUGGUUGCUUGCAGUGUUUCAAAGUGCCACCUGAGCAAGCUCUGGGAGGAAAACUACAUCAAGGGCAGCUAAAUCCAGGUCCAUGCUGUGCUGGAGACUGGGGUUGUGACAGGAAGCAACAGUCAUACCCCUGCCAGGCAGCUGCUCCAUGGCUGCUUUUUCUCCUGCUUUCUCCACUGGAGCCAUCCCUGGGGGGGACACAGCAGCCCCUUUGCAGGCUAGUGACUUCUGCUGAGUGCAGUGCUCAUUACUCCCUACCGAGAAACGCUCCUUCUCACCUGUUUACAGGAAACCCUACACCAAACCCAGAGCAGGGGAACCUUGCUAACAGCCCCGGGGACUCCCUGCAGUGCCUAGUCCCUCCCCAGCCCUACAGCCUGUCUCCGUAGGUGGCAGAGGGGUGGCUGCCAGGACUGGCAAGCGGAAGGGAAAGUGCAGCUGGGCUGGCCGGGGCUCACCCGGAGGGGUGCUGAGCUCCAGUAGCCAGCUCCUGGAGCAGGGAAGAGCAUUCUGAGCUCACCCAGUACCGCCCCCCAUAUCAUCUGCCCAGCCAGGUUGCGGGUCCCUCACGUGCCCCGUCAAACAUUAACAGCC